AUGAAUGCGUCACUGCCAAAGAAGCCAAUACGUUAUCUCGUGAAAGGGGAUAAUAGAUACUCAAUACCCAGUGAAAAGAGAAACGUGACGCCAAAGGGAAAGAAGAAGAGCUUACAAGAAAAACAUGAACGGGCACAUGUGACGGCUUGCCCACAAGAGAGGCCACGACCAGCAUUUGAACAGAGAGGUGUACCCGUAGAGCUCACCGAGCUCAUCUUCAACGACAAGAUGGCUGCUCUAACAGCUCAUGUCGGAUCUCUGAACGGGAAGACCAUAAUCUCCAAGAAUGAAUGUUACUAUGUGGACUGCUCAAGGCGUCACUGCCAAAGAAGCCAACACGUGACUCAGAACAGCUCAACGUGCAUAGCUUCUGGGGAAUGUUCCUUGUUUGUGGGAUAG